CAAGAUUAUGGAUCGCAGUCAUACUGUGGCAGGCUAAAUCCACUCCCUAUUUCGUCUGCUGUAUGAUUGGUUAUAAACAUUAAGCCCAAACGUAUUUUUCUUUCAAAAGGUCUGUCCACAUUUAGCCACCGUCACGCCCGGUCCCUUUUUGACAUCUAGCUUGCAGAAGCCCUGUAUAGAACUGCCGAAAAUACACGACGCAAGAUAAAGCAGAGAAAGAUAAUGGUUCUACGACAACUAAGGAAGCGGAAAAAAUCGACAGAACGAUUCGGAUAUGACGAGAAUAUCUAAACUCGUAGUAUACAGGAAAGAACGUUAGUAUACAGUGUAUUAAAUAGGGAAAAAAUAGUGGUAGAAUGAAGCCGUCAACAAACCCAAACCGAAGAUGGGCCUGUUGCAUUUGUCAACAUCGACAAAUGCAACAGGCCCAUAUCUUAUGAAACCAUCAAGCCAGUUAAAGAUGUGCCGUGGUAUUGUCGCAAAUGGACACCAAUGAUCAGGACGCGCUACUGAUGACCAACGGCUAUUAUAGCUUGUCUCUUGUCAAGAUUUAUACGAAGAGCCCUGUCUACAGAGAAAAACAUGUAGCAAAGCUCGUCGUGUGCGAGUGCCUACUGCUGUAUAUAAGAAAACAUGCUUAAAAUUUGGUGAUGGGAAUGGUGUUAAAUCCGUAUCAAUAUCUAUGGUAAAUAUGAGUGAAGCAUUGAUAGAAAAGCAAAAAAUCAAGUAACGAAGGAUCGCAGCAUAACACACCGCAUCAUGAUCGACUACAUUCGUUACUUAAUAAUAGUUUCGUAUGAAUUGAAACAAUGAGACCAUAAAAUGACGCUGACAUCGAAAGGCGAGAAAAAGAUUAGCAGCAAUGAAUGCAAUUGUACUGUCAUCUCGAAGAAGAUUGUUUUGCGAGCUAGGCGAUAGACUGCGGAGUCGCAGUGAAAACGGUAAGAGAGCGACAUUACACAGUAUUAUUCAACCGACAAUACGAUAGUGAUUGAAUUCGUUGCAAAUUCAAUUGUUAUCGUUUGCCUAUUCCAGCUCUACUAUUCAAUCAAGAAGAGUGCGUCAAUCCACCUUAUCUAUGACCUGAUCCUGACGCGCACCUCUUGAGACUGCCUACAUGUCUUGAUAUACGUAGUCGUCUGGCAGAACAUCAUACAUAUUCAUUGCCAGUGACGUAGAUGCGUUAAAUAGGACGACAACAAAAACCAGGCAAGCACCGGAGCUAAGGUCCACCUGCGCUCAAUGGACCUUGGUUCCAUGUUUCGACUUUUACAUCCGGUAUCGCCAUUAAACACUCCAUCAGCUUGGCUGGCUCUCAGCACGGAACGAACUGUGCGUCUAUGCUCAGGUGUAAAUCUGGACCACGUGUCGCUAAGAUUAGCGGGCAAGUACGUUACUCACUAAGCUAUUCCGGGAUUUUAUGGCCUAGUGGCUAGCAAAUAAGGCCCGUAAGCCAUCGGAGACGCUACUCAAGUAAUAUCCCAUUCAUUCAAACAACCCCGUAUAGAAUUUCUUACGGUAGCUAAGUGUAUUUGACUUCUAUAGUAAAUGUGAUUGCCGUAACAGGCAUGCGUUCAUUGGCUACUUCUAGUACCAGGCAAAAAUUAAUUAUUUCUACUACAAAAAAGUAAAUUUAUCGUAGCGAACAAUAGUGCGUCGUUCGAGGGAAGAUCAGCAAUGAUCCAAUCGGUAUGCGUCAGACAAACCGCCACCAAAAAAAUGAACUUUUUAGACCGUACCGAAUCGACAGUCUGCCGUGUAGCUAAAACGUAUGCGUUUUCAGAAGGAACAGAAGCAAGUAUUAACGCAUCGCAACAGAAAGUCCACGACAGCAAAAAAACAAACAGUGCGAACUUCAAAGUCGAUUGUUGCCAGCCAAAGGUGCAUUUCUAAUGAUAGCUCUGUUUCAAACGGGGUUCUAGUGAGGAAAUUUAACAUGUUUUGGCUUGUUCAUAAAGUUAGGUGGAGAUCAAGGAGUACAAUAUUUGGUGGCUAGACGCAAGGAGUGCGGCACAUCGCACGUGCACCGACGAAAUUCUGGCUUGGCACGUGAGGCUCGCAUGUGCAAGAUCGCAGGCGGCGAGGGUGUAUCGAUCGGGCGAAUCAUGGCGCCCAGCCCAGCCCCGAGGGACCAUGAGCACCCGGGAGGAUCCAUUCUCAAUGCCGCCCAAAUCACCCCGCUGAGAAGACAAUUAUCCAGCGUUGGCAGGUGCUCUUCGCUCGACACCAAAUUCCACCGAUCGCACAAACACCUUCUGGGACUCGAAGUUGAAGAGCUACGCGAGCUGAACAGGCCACCAGGCCCCGACCGACUCGUCUUCGACAAGGAUGAGAACGGUCUGGAUGGCGGAGGCGGAAUAAACUCUGACGAGCUUCGAUUGGACAUGGACCGUUCGCUGGCAGCUGAGGCUUCUUCGGGCGCAGGCACUCAUUCCUGGAUGGAUAUGAACCUCUAUUCAACGAAAAAUGCGAUUUCACAAGGCCUGCUGACCCUGGCGCUGCUCACAUCAAAUGCAUCUCAGCUCCGAAGCAUCCUGCAAAACGGUCCUAGGGCCAACCGUUUCUAUCUCAUUUGCCUCUCUGCUGUCGGCACGGCUCUUACUCUCCAAGUCACUGUGGGCAUUCUUCUCAUCAUCAAAGGAAGAUUCAACAUUAAUCGUGCAGUACAACAAAGACCAGCAGAGUUGGUGAAUAACCUUGUUCUCACCGGUGUUUUCCUUGUCGCUGUGGCAAAUAUCUUUCUGACGGCUUUCGUCAGCUCGGGCGAAACGAUCGGAAGACCAUUUGAAGUGGAAAAUGUCACCGUAUCGACGCAGUCACGAGAGUCAGCAGAAGACUUUAGGUAGCUUUUCUUUCAAUAAAAUAUUUAAUUUUCUUUAAUUCUUAUAGAAAAGGCAUUUUGAUAUAGUAUAGAUUUUAUGCUAGUUGAGUUUAUUAUGGCAAAUCAUUUAGAUGGUGUCAUAUACCAGAAGUUCCGAAGUUUGCAUUUCAGCAUUGAGAGACACCUGAUUUAAACUGCCAUGAUAUAACAAUGUGUAAAUAUUCAGCACUGCCAAAUACAGUAUAGUUUCAACCGAUCAACCAUAAUGUGAUUAAGGAAUCGCUGUGCUCAUAGAGAAAAGUUAGAAUAGGUUUUACAAUACAUCUUAACACCUCGUGCUGGCUGUUGCUGCUGGUUCGCCAAUUGCGUAAUUAUUCAUUUUCCAGUCAUGCUCGAUACCAGAUAUUAGUGGGCUUAGAGAGUGCUUGCGGUCUGAUGUCCUUAUCGGAUAUCAAGACAGUCAUAGACAAUCAACGUAAAUCCAAUUCGUAUUAAGUUGUGUGGCUUGACUAAAACGUAAUUUAAGAUAAUGUAUCUCCUGAAUCAGAACAAAUUUGAGUAACCACUCAUUUCGAUGGAAUAAGAGUAACAAACCACACAUAUGGCAUUUAUUUAGACGUUGACCACUAAAGUUUAUUUAGUAUGUAUUGAAAAAAAAAAAAAAUAUUAAUGAUUUCGUUAAUGUUACGUCGCUACGCUGACGCGAGUAGCCCUUACAGGGCGACAUACCUACAGAGGGCGCCUCCAAAAUCUUAGAAAAAAGAGAGUGGUGAAAAUCAGUAAGAACCUGCUUGCUUACAAGAGCAUAGAGCGCCAUGACACCAUUAUUGGCAACUAUCUAAUUAUGAAAUUUAUAUCAAAUUGAAGUAACUUCAUCCCCUUAAGGGCAGACGUAACCUUGAAAAGUUAAUGAUCGUGUGAGAACUAUCUCUUCGACUAAGAAAUUAAAGCGCGAUCGUAGAAGAAACCAUUCCUAUCACAACUCAGUUAAUUAAUAAUAAAUAGCAGUAAUAUCGCAUGCUGUUUGGUAGGAAAUAUGAUAUAGUGAACUCUAACUUUGCAAACAUUUUCCACUAGCUUAGCUUUUUCUUUAGUUUCGAUCGAAAUAUGAUCUAUAACCCUCCGCCAUUGGAAUGAUAUAUAUAUUUCACCGCUGUAAAAGCCUGCGUGAUACAAGAGUCUACAAUAUCGAAACGCAACUUAGACAUGUUGAGAUUUGAUAAUUUUUUCUAUAGAGAGGUUGUCAAAGUUUUGAAAAUAUGAUAAUCUAUUUUUGAUUUUGAUCCUCGGUCAAAUCACACUGCACUCAUUUGCCCAACCAUUCUACUUUAUUGAUUCGAUCAAUAGUGAUAGACGAUUAGGUGGACGAGUAUGGUGUUUAUAGGUAUAUUUAACCUGUCACGGUGGCGGCGUAGUGAGUAGCACAGUAGGGACGCGUAGCGGUCUGGGUUCGAAACGUGGAAACACUUUGUUUCCUCUUGGGAAUGUCUAACAAUGAACGAACGUGUGUGAUAACACCCGCGCACUAAGAAAUAACUCAAUUUCUCAUUAUUAGCCUUCAUAAGGUGUCUUCGAGAAAAGUUAUAUGAUCGUGUUCAAAAUUCACAUACCAGAACUAUUUGAACCAAUGGCUCAGAGUGUUUUUAACAAUAAAACGAUCAUCGAAUACGAGGUUUAUAAGGCGAGCUGUUUCCUGUGCUGUAAGUCUAAGAUAAGAUGGAGCUUACCAUUCGAAUUUUCUAAGUUCCCAUCUGUCAUUACAACUCAACUGUGAAAAGCCAGCGUAACGACAUUCAGUUCGUAAACGGUCUUAGCUUUCAAAAAGUACUAGCGCAUCACAACUACAAAAAAACAAUGUCGCGAAAUAUCUUACCGAUAUAUAACAGCGUCAUUUUGA